AUGCCACAUUUGGCCAGUAAACAAGCAGCAGCAAUGCAGAGGCAAAUGCAGCGCAAUAAAAAUACACUUCACCAUGCCAUCGGACCUUUUCUGAUUUUGGCGCAGUUUUUGGGUGUUCUCCCCGUGGCUGGUGUGUCGCCGAAUGCUGCUGUGGAAAAAGUUCAAUUUCGUUGGUUUUCUUUGUCGUUUCUCGUAAGCUGUAUCAUACUGGGCUUUUCCAUUAUGGACUGCGUGCUCUCCUCCAAAAUAGUCUUCGAAAAUGGUCUCAAGAUAUACACGAUAGGUUCUCUUAGCUUUAGCGUCAUCUGCAUUGCUGGCUUUAGUGUGUUUCUCUUGCUUUCCUUUCGCUGGCCUCGAAUCAUUAAGCAAACAACUCGCUGUGAGUUGAUUUUUCUGCAACCCGCUUAUGAUUGUCGCUUUGGUCGACAAUUUGGGCGUCGGAUCCGCAUAUGGGGCGUGGUUUUGCUUGUGGCUGCUCUUUGUGAGCACUCGACUUAUGUGGGCAGUGCCAUCUAUAGCAACUAUCAGCAGAUUAAAGAGUGCCAGUUGGAUGUGCUCUUUUGGUUGAAUUACUUUCAGCGCGAACGUCAAGAACUCUUCACCGUAUUCCACUUCAAUGUGGUGCAAGCGAUCUUCAUCGAAUGGACCACUUUAGCCAUGACUUUCGUGUGGAACUUUGUGGACAUUCUGUUGAUACUGAUCUCUCGUGCCUUUCAGCUGCGCUUUCAGCAGCUGCAUUGGCGCAUCAGGCAGCAUGCGGGACAACGCAUGUCCAAUGAGUUCUGGCAGCAGAUGCGCUAUGAUCUUCUAGAGCUCAGCGAUCUGCUCAAAGUGUAUGACAAGGAGUUGUCCGGCUUGGUCAUCUUGGCGUGUUCGAAUAACAUGUACUUUGUGUGCGUGCAAAUCUAUCACAGCUUCAAAGCCCGUGGCAGCUUCAUGGAUGAGCUGUACUUCUGGUUCUGUCUGUUCUAUGUCAUCACACGUCUCUCCAAUAUGAUGUUUGCUACUGCAGCUAUACCACAGGAAGCCAGAGAGAUUUCCUACACACUCUUUGAAAUACCCACCGAGUUCUGGUGCAUCGAACUCCAGCGCAUCCAAGAGAUACUUUUAAGCAACACUUUUGCGCUGAGUGGCAAAGGUUUCUUCUUUAUGACACGUCGUUUAAUAUUUGCUAUGGCUGCCACGCUGAUGGCCUAUGAGCUGGUCUUGAUUAAUCAAAUGAGCGGCUCUGAGGUGCAGAAGAGCAUCUGCAGUCGUGGCGCGGGCAGUUCAAAGAGUAUUUUCUAUUCAUAGUCAGCGUGCUGCAUAUUUGAUGAGUGUGUCUGCAAUUUGCAAAAACCAGAUUUGUAAACAGAUAGCGCACAAAACACAUAUAUUCAAUUGGCAUGUCCUGGCAUUAAAGCUAAACUACAACUCAAGUGUUCUGUUUGUUAUGAAAGUGGCAACAGUUUGUCGCCUGACAUGGCACGGUCAAUAGGUGUUGCAGCCAAGCGGCGCAAGAGUGUGGCACUCAUCAAUUUCUGGCGUGUGGCACGCGCCGACAGCGCGACGAACAUAAAGCGCAGGAUGAACUACAAGAGAAAUAGUCAAAAACGCUGGCCCAGAC